GUAGGCUAAACAUUACGUCUGGUCCGUCAUGGCGUCUGUUUGAGCAAACGCACAAAGAAAUUGCCGGCAUACCCCAUAUUUGUGAUAUAAGAUAAAAACAGAUCUUCCUUUACAUAAAGUUUAAGAACCAUUCCCGUACCAUGGAUUUCGAUUCCUCUUCCAAGUUUAUUUCUUCUUUAGCCAAGUUUCUACAGUCUUUAUGUAAUGGUUAUGUAGAAUUUAACAGUGGUGUUGAAGUGAUUGGACAUAUUUACUUAAAUGUUGACACAGGAAAGAAAAUAGACUACAUUCUAAAUGAAAAAGUGUGUAAAACUGAUGAAAAUUCUGUUACAUUUAUCAGUAACAGUUUUCAUGCUCAACCUGCAGAAAAACCUAAGCCAUCUUUGAAAAACUCUUCCGACUCAACAAAUAAACUCAAUGACAGUGUUGAAAUAAAAAACACAGAAGAUGAAAUCGUCAUAAUGGACGAACCAGAGAGUAAAAAUGUAGGAACAUUGCCUUCCAGGGAUAGUUUUCGUAGAAAAACUGGAAGUCCUCACUCAAAAUUUGGUCGACCAACAAAACGUCCUCAUCAAAGUUUUUCACAUGGUCACAAACAUUUAUCAAAGCAUCAUAAACCUGACCCCUCAUCUGGCCCUAAUGGUGCUCAACAUGAUACAGAAUCAUUACAUUCUGAAAGUAAUUCCUCCUCCAAUUUUGUUACACCUCAGUUAACCAGUGAAACUUCAUUAGCAGCAGCUUCAGACUCUGAAAUAUCUCAUCUUUCCAAAGUCUUUCCACAAUCAUUUGGUGAUACAUCGAACAAUCAAAAUGCAGCUGAAGAAAGGGAUAUUAAACCUCAGUUAGAUAGUGAAAUGAAUGUUAUUCAGGUUAAACAAGAGUUUAGUCAUUCAGAGCAUGGGGAGGAGGAACAAGAAACAUAUGAUGAUUCUCAAGAUCAUAGUACAGUUUUCCCUGGUAUGCCUUAUGAUCAGUAUUAUUUGGAAGGCAGCAGGAGGGGUCAUAGGUCAGAGUUUGGUCAAGCUGGUUUAUCUCAAGAUUUUUUCCCUGGAGCAGGACCAUCAGGAGAGGGAAUUGGAGAUUCUUCAGAUAUGGCAAACUACAGAAGUUGUGACUACUGUGGUAAAAGGUUUCAAAACAACUUUCAUCUACAAGAACACAUACAUGCAGUUCAUUAUGGAUUGUAUCAAUAUAAUUGCCCAAAAUGUGAUAAAACAUUUGCAUACAAGAGAAGUUUAAAGCGCCACAUUUUGUUACAUAGUUCUGCCUCUGUUCAACAAGCAGCUCCUGAUAUCGUUUUUCAUGGUGGAUCUUUGCAUUUAUAGAAUGGGGUUUUCUGGCACUUUAAAACCAUUGAAGAAUGUAUCAUUCUUUUAAUAUUUUCAAUCAGUUGAAUUAAAAUAUUUGAAUGGAGAUGUUAAUGCUCAAAGAAAUUGGUUAUACAUUUUUCUUCCUUAGCUGGCCUUCCUUAACCUCUAAAUUUUGCUUUUGUAAGUUUGUGAACUGCAUAGCUUAUUUUAUAAAAUGAUUGUUAUUGUUCAUCUGUGUGACAUGGCUUGAGCAUUCUAAGGAUUUGAAGACUUUUAAAAUAGAUACUCUGUGUUCUAGAGAAUUUCAGUUUGGUACAAGCGUAUUUUCAUUUUUGUUUUUGUCAUUUUUCACAGAUAUUUCUAAAAUUUCUGGGUUGUAUUGCUGUAGUUGUGACAAACAUUUUUCAAGCAAAUUUCACCUACAAGAGCACAGAGAUGCUGUACACAAAAAGUUGAAUCAGCAUUUAUGUCCACUAUGCCUCAAAGCAUUUGCCUAUAAACGAAAUAUGAAACGCCACUUCACAAUGUGCAGAUUUACAAAUACAUAAAUUGGAUAAGGAACUGAAUGCUAUUAGUUUUUCUAUCACAUCCGGAUUUUUCAGAAUUCUCUAAUCGGCUCUUGAAUUUGAGAAGUGUCACUUUUAGACUAUGUUUUUCUCUUUUUAUGAUGAAGAAUGUUUAUAAACCAUUCCUUGGUCGUUAAUCUUGUUUUCGCUUUUCCCAAUAGUAGUCUUCUUUUCUGCUCUCCAGGUAUGUUGCAGAGCUCUACUUUCAGGCGCCAUGCAUGCACAAUUUGUGGGAAACUCUUCCUAAAUGCCACACACCUGAAAGAACAUACAAAUGGUGUUCAUUUUAAGGUCAUGCCGUAUGCAUGUGAAUAUUGUGGUCAUAAA